AUGCAAAUAUUGCACUUCGGUGAAAACGCGCGCUCGCUGUUUAUGCUGGAUAAACCCUCGGAGAAGCGACUGCGGCUAGUGAUCGCGCUCAAAAAAGCCCCGCUGUCGGUUGAUGCGUGGCUGGAGCUGAUGCGCUAUCCAUUGACUGGAAAUUCCGCCAAGUACAACAAAAUACGAUUGCUGAAACGUGCGCUGACCUGUGUGGACUCGUUGGAGGCGCGACAGACUGCGGGAUACACGGAGAUGUGCAUUAUGCUGGCCAAGCUGAGCGAUACUGAGGCUGGAGUGCGCCAGCACUUUCACGAGAUGAAGAAGCGACGAGUGGGUGAGAAGCAGCCGCUGUUGUAUGAGGAGGAGGCGGCUUUUGACAGCUGCUGA